UAUGAUCAGAAACUCACCACGAAAAACGAAUUCAACAUUCGAGCAGCUGUCAGAUUUUUAAAGUGACUUUUGGACUUUCGUGUCGAUCACAGACUGUUGGUCUUUUGAAGGUGGUUGGAAUUAAAAAUUUCUGCUAAUAAAAUGUUCAGUUCUAGUGCGAAAAAUUUAAUACGCAGCAAUAUUUUGCAACGCUGCAAGAGUACCUUAGUUGUCGCAGAACAUAAUAAUGAAGUACUCAAUCCAAUUACAUUAAAUACAAUCUCAGCAGCGAAAAAGAUCGGUGGUGACGUCACAGUACUUGUUGCAGGCACUAAAUGUGGUCCAGCUUCUGAAGCUGUGUCAAAAGUCGAUGGUGUAGCUAAAGUGUUAGUUGCUGAAAAUGCUGCAUUCAAAGGUUUUACUGCGGAGUCAAUAACGUCACUUGUGCUGGCAGCACAAACACAAUUCAAAUUCACACAUAUUUUAGCUGGUGCUACAGCAUUUGGUAAAAAUGUUUUGCCACGAGUAGCUGCAAAAUUGGAUGUUUCACCUAUAUCGGAAAUAAUUGAUGUUAAGUCAGAAGACACAUUUGUACGCACUAUUUACGCGGGCAAUGCCAUUUUAACUUUACGUGCAAAGGAUCCAGUUAAAGUUAUAACUGUGCGUGGUACCAAUUUUCCGCCUGCUGCUGCUACCGGUGGAAGUGGUGCCGUUGAACAAGCACCAUCUGGUGAUUAUGCUAGCAGACUAAGUGAAUUUGUUUCACAAGAGCUAACUAAAUCAGAUCGCCCAGAAUUAACAGCUGCCAAAGUAAUCAUAUCGGGUGGACGUGGCUUAAAGAAUGGUGAAAACUUUAAAUUGCUUUACGAUUUAGCUGAUAAAUUUGGCGCGGCCGUCGGUGCUUCACGUGCAGCCGUAGAUGCUGGCUAUGUACCGAAUGAUUUACAAAUUGGACAGACUGGCAAAAUUGUUGCACCUGAAUUAUAUGUAGCCGUUGGUAUAUCAGGUGCCAUUCAACAUUUAGCUGGUAUGAAGGAUUCAAAGACUAUUGUUGCUAUUAAUAAAGAUCCAGAAGCACCCAUAUUUCAAGUAGCUGAUGUAGGCUUAGUUGCUGAUUUAUUCAAAGCUGUGCCAGAAAUCACGCAGAAACUGUGAAGCUAUUAAAGAUUAUAAGUUGGAGGUAAUUACACAGUUUCGCGAGUACUUCAGAAAUGUUAUUGCAUAGUUUUAGGCAAAUGCAAAAUAAAAGAAGCUGGUAUAUACAUUUGCUAGACUUCGCUUUUGAACAAACAAAUCUUAUGAAAGUGAAGACGCUAAAUUAAUUGGGAUGAAGUUUAUACUUACAGCCUCCAACUAUCCUGAAUAUGGAAAAGCCGAGAUUCUUUUGCACCCGCUCCAUUGAAAAGACUUGGUCUCUCCACCUGGGUUUCUCCGAACUUAUUUGAAGUUUGACUUCAAUUAAAAUCCGUCCUAUCCCCAAUCCAAUCUUGUUCGUAAUCAAUCUCUUCAUUCUCAUACUACCAACAUCUCCCGCAUCAUAGUCCAUCUGUCCACGUAUUUGUUAUUCCUUUCAUGUAAUCUGCUUGACAGAUCUUCGCGAUUUACAACAACAACACUAAAGUCGAGUUUACUAAUGAAUUUUUUAAAGAAAUAUUGAUGUUUUGUAGCAAACUGUAGGGAUAAUAUAUCCCUAAAUUGAUACUUUUAUUAGUUUAACUACUUAUGCUUAGAAUCCAAUUCAUUCAUCUCUAACGAAGUUUUUUAUCAUAUAAGAAAAUUAAAAAAAGUGCUAUAAUAGAACAAGUUAAUGCUUUUUUAUAGUGCUACUUUUGUUACUUAUGUUUAAAAUACUCUUAAUAAAAUUGUCUAAGGGUUCUAAUA